CUUUGCGCGAUUAUGCGCGGGACAGUCGGUGUCCGGCUCUGUAGCAAGCAACAUGUUCGAAUCGUGCGUGCCGUAGUGGAGUAGGACUUGGAUUAAUCAUCGCAGCCGUACGCAAUGGUUUCGCACUGCAUCAUACUGAUAGCGCUGCUGGUCGCCGUAGGUGUUGCGACCUUUGCCAGCAAAUCGGCGCCCCAAGAUGUGGUGGACCCAACAGUGGAACAGUUUAAAGAGCCGUGGAAAAUGCUGCCCAAGUUGUACGAUUACGAUGAUUUCGACGAUUGCCGAAGAGGAAACCCGGAUUUCCAGUACAGUGUCGUGAAGGUUCACAUUGUGCAGAAUUCCAGCUCGGUUCUGUGGCGACAAAUCAAAACUUUUUCUAGCGAUCCACGCCACUAUCGGCGUGACAUAUUGGAAAUAGGCGUUUGUUUAGAUCGAUGCAGCACGCUACCCGAUACGAACUCCAACCAUCCUGAUACAGUGCGACAUGCAGGCAAAUGUGCCUCUGAACGAGUAUGGAGAAACUAUCAACUCAACUCGACCACGGAAACUUUAGUCAGUAUUUCCUCUACCCAUGACGAUCAACCUCCUGACACAAUUACAAGGAUCUUCAAUUUCGUAAUCUUGUCCAUAUUGAUGUUAAUAGUGACAUGCACUGUGAUACACUCGAUAGAUUGUAACUAUUCAGGAUCUCUAAUAGUUAAAGCGUUCUCGUUGUCGGAAAAUCUAAAAAAGCUAGGAUCACUUAGCUCCCGGUCCAGACAGGACCUUCUCAUCCUGGACGGUGCUCGCGUGUUGACCAUGCUGAUAAUUCUGCUUUGCCAUGCGUCGAUUCCGUUCAUAAGAUUCCCACUGAAGAACCCGGAAAAUAUGGAACAACAGUUCGAGAACUUUUGGUUCCCCAUCGCAAUGGCCGGAAACACCUACACGGUGCAGAUUUUCUUCGUCAUCGGAGGUAUAGUGCUGGCGGUAAAUUUCAUGGAUCACAUCAAGUCGCACCCCGAAUUUAGAUUGUGGUACUUUUUCGAUAGGAUCGUCAAUCGAUUGAUUCGAAUUUUACCAGUCUACUCCUUGGUAAUUCUAUUUCAAGUAUCCUGGUACCAGAGACUGAAGGAUGGCCCAAUGGCAGAUAGAUACAAAGAUCACUGUAGCGAAAACUGGUGGACAAACUUACUGUUUGUUAACAAUUAUAUCAACGCGAAUGAACCGUGCUUGCAAUUCACCUGGUACCUUGGGGCAGAUUUUCAGCUGUAUCUAGCAGGAACGGUAAUAAUGAUGAUAGUUUGGAGAUUUCCAAAAUGCAUUACGAUAUUCUUACCAUUGAUGGUGGCUUUUGCUUUAGUAGUUCCUGUCGCCGUAAUAUAUGUGAACAAAUUGGACCCCACGGUCAUGAUUAUUGUAAGACACAUUAGCAAUGAAAUCCGGAAUCUCGGAUAUUACCUAAAAGUGUAUGUCACCUUCGAAAGCAACGCUGGAAACUACUUCUUUGGUAUGAUCACAGGAAUUAUUUACCACCAGUUUAUCGGAAGUGGACGUAAACUGGAAAGUGUUAAGAAAUUCCACCUUAUGUUCCUGUUGGCAGCUGUAUUCUUCAUCAGCAUGAACACAGCGACGGUAUUUCUACCACGAGAUCAGCUUAACGAGCGAUCGAUGGUACUCGCAUCCUACGGUUCGCUUCUGAAGGCAUCGUGGGGCAUAUUGGCGAGCUUUCUGAUGUUCUAUCUUAGUUUCCGACCAAAAAAUCUCUUCGCGAUGUUUCUACGACACCCGAUAAUGCUGGUGAUGUCCAAGCUAACGUACUGCGCGUAUGUUGUUCAAUACACGGUUGUUUAUGCGAUCUACCGCAAUGUCACUACGCCACUAACGAGCAAUGCAUUCAAUAGGAUACUGUUUACAUCCGCGGUGCUGUUUAUUACGCUUCUUAUGGGAUUCCUGCUUCACGUUUGCAUCGAAGUACCUGUUAUGACGCUAUUUAAGCCCAUUUUUGCCCCUAAACGUACAAACUCUGUGGUGCCAACGACCACAGGGCGUCUGGUUGAUGACGAGGGCAUGACUGAUGCUAAAAGAAUAAUUGAGUGAUAAAGAUGUUAUGAAAAUGA